AUGUUUGGCAUGUUAGUUCAGAGUUCAGGGCAGAGAGCGCCACUUUACGCCAUCAAUGGACGUCGUUGGAAAGGGCCGCAAGCCGUUGCGAAAAAGCGGAUGCUUCAACUCACUCACUCAUGUCGAUCAACUGACGGAUGGGACACAAUUCGCUAUGAAAAGAGGGGACCUCAUUUUGGUCUUGUACAGGGUUGGGCGAACGCGACUAGACUUUGCAAGGUGGUACGAGCCGCGACUCUUUUUGAUGGGAACAUUGAAAAGAAUGGGAGGGCAGAGAUGACCAAGGUCGGGCGAGCAGCCAGUCAUGUUAUCACUCUUCGCCUUGUCAAAGCACAGACACUGGGCCUGUCUGCUAGUUUUCGACAAUCUUUCCAUUUGAGAGGUGUCUGUGGGUAG